UCAAAUCACAACAUUGCACUUUCAGAUGGCACAUUUUGGCGGCAAAAUUAAUGUUCUAUUUUUGUUAUGCUAAAAUAAAAAAAAAAAAUCCAUGUUUGUUAAGUCCGCAACGAUUUGUUUUACCAAAUUAGUGUAAAAGUAUGUCAACUAAACAGUUAAUCAACGUUAACAAUAAAUAUGACAGAGUUGUGGUUUUGGUGGACAUGGAUUGCUUCUACUGCCAGGUCGAAGAGAAGCUCAAUCCAGAAAUCAAAGGGCAACCAAUUGCCGUAGUUCAGUACAAUCCGUGGCAGGGUGGAGGGAUAAUCGCCGUCAACUAUCCGGCGAGGGCCAGGGGCGUUACGCGGCACAUGCGCGGUGACGAGGCGCGCCAGCACUGUCCGGAGAUUGUGCUUCCCCAGGUUCCGCAGCGGGGCGGUAAGGCCGACAUUUCCAAGUACCGCGAUGCGGGGAAAGAGGUUGCGGCCGUCCUGCAGACCUUCACUCCCCUUUUGGAGCGAGCGAGCGUCGAUGAGGCCUACAUGGACAUAACGGAACGAGUGCUGGCAAGACUGCACGAUAUGAACGUGGGCAAGUUUCAUCUGCAGCCGGAGACGUUGGACAAUACUUUCGCGGUGGGCUAUGAAAGCGUCGGUCAGUACGUUCAGAAAAUUUCUUGUGAUUUGGACGGACGUAGCAGCUCGCAAGAGCUGGAAAGCGAAGAGGAUCGGGUUGCAUACAAGAAGAGUGACAUCAAGCUGUUGAUUGGAGCUUCCAUCGUCAACGAGAUCCGCGCAGCGGUGAAGGAGAAAACGGGUUACGAGUGCUCGGCAGGCAUCGCGCACAACAAAAUUCUCGCCAAGCUCACGGCAGGGUUUCACAAGCCCAACAAGCAAACCGUGCUUCCGCUGAAAAGCAUCUCGAAAUUGUACCAAACGUUACAGAUCAAAAAGGUCAAAGGUUUGGGUGGAAAACUGGGCGAACAGGUGUGCGAGCUGCUGAAGAUAGAGUUCAUGUCCCAGUUGACACAGUUUUCGGAGAAGCAGCUGCAAGCUCAUUUUGACGAGCGCAUGGGUUCGUGGAUGUAUUUGAUGGCUCGAGGAAUCGAUUUGGAAGCAGUCACGCCCAAGUUCAACUCAAAGAGCAUCGGCUGUUGUAAGCGAUUCCCGGGGAAGAACGCCAUCACUGGACUGGCCACCUUGCAGCACUGGCUAGGGGAGCUGGCGAAUGAGAUCCAGGAUCGUUUGGAGAAGGACUUGGACGAAAAUAAUCGCACUGCACGUCAGAUGACCGUGAGCUACGCGCAGCAGAUCGGAGACAACGACGUUUCGAGCACGAGAAGUGUGCCGCUGGUGUGUUACGAAGCGGAACGCAUCGCAAAAGAUGCUUUGGAAGCGAUUCGACGUAAUACGGAGGUAUUUCUGAAGCAAGGCAGCAACGGAGCGCUGAACAAUGCUGUCAAGUUUCUUGGGAUUAGCGCAGGGAAGUUUGAGAAUAACGCGACCGGCAAGAAGAGUGCGCUGAUGGAGAUGUUCUCCAACAUUGCAAGCAAGGCGCCGAAUCCGGGGGAAACGUCGAAGGAUGCGCCGACAUCAUACAACAUUGCAAGCAAUGCGCCGAAUUCGGGGGAAUCGUCGAAGGAUCCGCCGAAGUCUGAAACGACGGCCAAGAAGGUGACCAAAAGGGAUAUUUCAAGCUUUUUCAACGCUAAGGGAGGAGAAAAGGAUGGUUCUUCGGUUGCAGAUGAGACCUCGGAAAGUGUUGACGUGGCCGUUAAGACAGAGGAUAUCCCGCUGCCGGAGGCGAGUGUUGCCGAAACCGUAGAGGAGGACAACUAUUCAAACACGACCUUGCCUUUGGACGAGGCUCAGGAAAAUAUUCCGUCACCUAAGCCGUCGCCGAAAGCUAAGCCUCUACGAAGCGAUUCCAAGGAAAUCGAGGUUGAAGAAACAUCCGAACCAGCAGUGAUUCCAACAACCGUGCCAUCAAACGACGAUUGCAAGCCGUCGACUUCCGGUCUCGAUUACCGCUCGACCUAUGCCGAGUUCCAGUGUCUGGAACAGCAGCAGCCCGUUCCGACAAUUUCCGUAACCACCAAACCGUGCCCGGAGUGCGGUAAAAACGUUCCCGAGCACACCCUGCAAUCCCACCUGGACUUUCACGUGGCCCUGCGAAUCAGCCAACAGCAGCGCGAAGAGUUUCGCAACGAGCUCAAACAAAAGCUGUCUUCGCCAGCGGCGACGGCGCCAAAACCCAUCAAACCUGCCGCCAAUCAAACGCCCAAAGCCAAAUUGAGCAAAGCAAAAAUCGACAAGUACCUCACCUCAGCAGCACAAAACAGAACCGCGAGCGCCGUCAGCGAGGACGCGACCAGCGUGGCGCGAUGUGACGAAUGUGGCAAGAUGGUUGCCCUGGAUGCCGUGCAGGAGCACUCGGACUUUCACGCGGCGAAGAAGCUUCAGCUCGAGCUGAACCGGCAGGAGAUGCGGACGGUCACGACGAACGGGUUCCAUACGAAGCCGGCCACAACUGGUGGCGGAGCCAAGCGGAAGAGACCCCCUGGCGGGGAUAAGGUUCAGCCGGUGAAAAUUAACAACUUGUCAUCGUACUUUACGAAGAUGUAGAUUGUAAGACAGUUUUGGGUAUUUUUCAUUAAAUUUGUUGUAUAAAGUGAAA